GAGAAAAUCAGCUUGUUGACAAACAUCCACGGCCUCCUUUGGAGAUGGUGUAUGUGUCAAAAUGCUUUGGAACGCUCCAUUUUUGGAUCGCCAUUUUUGAAAGCUAUAUGGGUGUUAAGGGAGAAUCAAGCAAUCAUCGAGCUAAGGCAGUUGCCACUGAUGAACAAAUGCGCCUGGCAAGGCUCACUCUUGAAGGAAAUUCUGCCGAAGAGGAUCCUGCUAAUAUACAAAGGUUGAUAAAAAGGGUCAUCGAAACCACGAGGUGCUCGCAAGCCCGAGCGGAGCUAGCUUUGUAUGAUAACGACAACGAUCUCGCCGCUGCUAUUGAUUACAUUCUUGAACAUGGAUCGGAAAUAGAAUCAUGGACUGAGCAGAAAAGCAAAAAAGACAAAAAGAAAGAGGAAGAGGAAAAACGACCAUCUCGAGGACAGUCGUCUGCACGAGGUCGAGGUGGGUAUGGUGAUCGUGGAGGUCGUGGUCGAGGACGUGGCGAGCCGAUGGCAGCACGUGGAGCAUCUCGUGGAGCUUCAAUGAGUGGUCGCGGACGAGGUGGAAUGGGAGGAAAUGCCCGUCCCGUCCCCGCGAAGCCUCAUAGUGAAGAUUCGACUAUCAAGACCACUGACACUGAUUCCGUGGAUGAAGCCAGCGAUUGGAAAGGAGGACCUAUGGUGUUCCAUCGAUCGGAAGAUCCUGCAACAUCCUCCCUGCCGAAUUCGAAUGCCUCCGUUCCUCUGUCUCAAGCAUCUAAUACAACCCCUGCUCCGAUCUCUUUUGCUGCAGUUGCUGCUGCAGCCGCGAAGAAGGAUACGAAACGACAACAAGCACCGACGACCAACUCUGUACCUGCAUCUGAACAAACGGUGCCGAACUCUACAGAUUUUCACCAUGAGGAACCAGUCACGAGUUCUAGCCCACCUGCUGCUGAUCAAUCAGCAAAUAAGGACGUUUUCUACAGCGAACCUUCCGUUGCUCAUCCAACAAAUCAAGACGAGAGAGAGGUACCAGGUCUUCCUUCCACAUCGGAUGCGGAUGACGGCGAAGUGUUACCAUCUACGCCUACCCUAUCACCAGCAAUACAGGCAAAUUGGACCAGUCAACUAAAGAACGAUCUCGGAAUUGGUAUCUCCAGCUCGCCACGCCAACAGCAGUUCACUUCUGUGCAGUCCCUUACUUCCGCUCCUGCUGGUGUCGAGUUUGUCACGGCAACAGUCCCUCCUGGACUUUCGGAUUAUCAUUUUGGAUUUGUGGACGCGCCACAAAGUACGGAUAUACCCACAUCCGCCCCUUCAGUGGCGAAUGCAUCGAACGACGUCCUUUUUGCUACAACACGUUCCACGACUAAUACCACGGGUGCUAGCGUACCUUCAAAGGUCACGGAGGGCGAACGUCCGCCGCUGAACGGUGACUUCUCUUUAAAAGCUUCUCCACCGAUAUCGCACUCAUACGGACAACAACAGCAGCAUAAUACGAGGUCUUUAUCGUAUGCGGAUCCUUCAUCAGUAUCCUACGCCCCAACUACACAGUCCGACCGUGGUGUGAGCACCGGAAGCAAACCACCAGCGCCCAUACCCCAUCCUCCGCAGCAGUCAGCUCACCAAGCACCGCAGCAAAUCUUCCCAACGCAGAUGCCCUAUGGUUCGUACCCAUACAUGAAUAUGAACAUGUACAGCCCGGUGACUGGGGUGCGAGCUGAAGAUCAAUAUGCUGCUCUAUAUGCUGCGAGUAUGCCGUUUGGAAUGGGUGUGGAUUUGUCGGCGAUUUUACCCCCGACGACUCCGAUGUCACAAGCGGGAGCCAGUCAACAACAUCCGGGUUCAACGCAACAUCGUUCUGACACUCAUAAUCUGGUCGACAUGAACAAAUUCGCUUCUGGAAACGCUAGAGAUGGCACCGGACAACAACCGUCGAACGUCGCACCUCCUCCUGGAUUCGCGAACCCAUCGUUUAUGCCACAACCUGGCCUGUCGUCCCUAUUCCUUCAACAACAAUUUCCACCGCAUCCAUACUCGUUCAUGAUGCCGAAUGUCGGGUCUGGACGUCAGAUGUAUCCGCAGGAGGACGAUCGCAAAACUUACGAUAAAAUGGGAGGAGCAAAACAAGCACAGCCCACUCCUCCACAGCACUAUCACAACGGUGGAUAUCUCAACAGCGGCCUCAACAAGAAGCCCUAUAACUGGAACUCUUAACUGGUUGCACAUGUUCUCAAUCUCUUAAAUUCGUGUUAAUAAUAAAAAAUCAUUGAAAUCAUUUGCGUGUUGGUAAAGGAUAUUUCCUUAAUUUUUCUACGCG